AGCAUUACUGGCCCGGUCAACACUCCCUACGAAGGUGGGGUUUUCCAUUUGGUAUUCCGCGCUCCAAACGAUCAUCCGUUCAAGCCACUUUCAUGCCGCAUGCUGACGAAGAUAUAUCAUCCCAACUUUAAUGCUAAAGGAGAGGUCUGCCUCGAUAUCUUGGAUACGCGUUGGACUCCUGUCAUCACCUUGGACAUGAUGCUGCUUUCGAUGAUAUCGGUACUGGAUGACCCGGGCUUAGACGAUCCCUUGGUCCCAGAGAUUGCGCAAACAUAUGUUAAGGAUCGGAAAACAUAUGAAGAGAACGCCAGGGCAUAUACGAAGAAAUACGCGAGC